GGUAGCGCAGUGGGCGGGGUUUUCCCGAAUAAGGGUGCGAAAUAAACACAUCUCUUUAUGAAGUGACGUUAAACCCGCCCGUCCUUGCAGUAAAUGUCCCAUUACCGGCGAGCGGGACGGAGGAACGGCGACCGACACCAAGCAAAACCGUGCCGAGACGAAUGGUAGAGGAAAACCCACUAGAACCUUUGCCAGUCAGCUCAUCAGGCAUGGCUUCCUCCUCCGUUACCGCGACCAGUCGCUUCCUGAUUUUCUUCGACUUUGACGAAACCAUGAUCGCAGAAAAUAGUGAUGAUGCCAUGGUCCGUGUUGCCCCUGGCCAGACCGUCCCCGACUGGCUGAAGGACAGCUUCCGUCCUGGCCGGUUCAACGAGCACAUGCAGCGUGUCCUGGCCUACCUGGCUCAGCAGGGAGUGAGCGAGCAGGUCAUCCGGGAUGCCAUCGAGGACAUCCCACCCGCUCCAGGCCUGCUGGUGCUCCUUGGCUUCUUACGCUCCCAUCGUCAGGAUUUUGAGUGUGUUGUGCUCUCGGAUGCUAACACUUACUUUAUAGAGACUUGGCUGCGCAAGGCCGGAUCAAGGCAACUCUUCUCUGAAAUCUUCACCAAUCCUGCCAGCUUCAACAAAGAUGGACAUCUUGUGCUUCUUCCCUACCAUGCCCAUGAGUGCCCACGGUGCCCAGAGAACAUGUGCAAGCAGGUGAUCCUCAGGGACUACCUGGCAAGAAGGGCCAGAGAAAGAGGAAAGCCCUUCCAGAAGGUUUUCUACAUUGGGGAUGGGGCUAAUGACAUUUGCCCAACUCUAGCUCUGGGACAGAAGGACACAGCUUUUCCUAGGAGAGAUUUCCCCAUGCACCGGAUCAUCCAGGAUAUGCAGAAAGGACAGCCUGGGAUUUACAAACCCACGGUGGUGCCUUGGGCACGGGGAGAAGAUGUGGUAGACUGUCUAAAGAAAGCAAUGGAGGAGAGUUGAGCAAUGGAGUGGAGCACCAGGGAAGGGCCAAGCAAGGUCCAAAACUUCAGAGCUAUUCACCUACACACAAGACUCACUAAUAACACACAGAACAAAAUGAUCUGAAGCAUGGUUACAUUAUUUUUGGCACAAACAGGACCCUAUAAGAGAACCAGUAAGAUCAUGUUUAUAAAAUUCUUAUGAUAUCUGUCCCUAGGUAUGUGUACCCCAUGUCAUUCGUCCCUUUUUUGCAGGUAGAGGGAAACUCUUUGGAGUGCUUGCUCUUUGUCACUUCCUCAUACGUGGCUUCCCUACAAGUCUUUCAUCUACCAACAUUUGUCCCACUCAGACUCUAAAACAAACAGAUAUUACUUUUCGUAGAAGAGAUAUCCCCCCUGCAUGGCAAUACUCAAUUAUGCAGAGAGGGAGCCUGGCAUUUACAAGACCACUGUGGUGCCCUGGGCACAGGGAGAUGACUGCCUGAAGAAAUCUGUGGAGGAGAGAUAAGCAAAGAAGCAAAAGGGCAACAAGUUGGGAGUCUGAUUUUGGGGCCCAUGGCGAAGAGAGGGAUAGGGCCCUCAUCAAGCAACCCAACUAACUAAUCCACAGAAUGUACUUGUAACGCAUAAGCUAAUUUUUAAUUUUUUUUUGCCAGGGCAGAGUGGCAGAGAGUAUUACUAGCAUCUGGUGUCAGGUUGCAUUGACAGUACUGAAUUUAUUACUAGCGGUCACUUUGGUAUGCCAUAUUUUUUGGUCAGCUGUACACAUAUCUAACUUGGGGGACCUUUGAUGGUGGCAACCUUUGCCUAGUUGUCCCCUAAAGAGCAGGGAGUGAAAGAAUAAAAAAGGAAAGAGCUUUGAAAGCUCGGAUUACAGACACGCACGGACACCCAAUACACAAGCCAGCCGGCAACUGAGACAGCUUGACUUACACGAGGACUGACAGACGGCAGACACGAGAACACCUCACUGGAAUAAAGGGUGCUGGCAUCAAUUCAAUGAAACAGCAAGCGUGUGGAGUGCCACUCCUGGGGAGUCCAUGCAUGAGACUGACAGGAAUUUGUCAAAAGAUCAACCCUUACCCCAAAUGUAGUCGAUCAGCUAAGAUAUGUUUGGUGUCUGAAGUUUGCAAGCGAAGUUUAUUCAUAUAGCGCUUUUUACAACAGGUGUCGUCACAAAGCUGCUUCACAGAACAAUCAGUAUUACAGACAGAAAAAGAAAAGAGAAAAUCCGGGUCCAAGCUCCCAUGAGCAAGCCAGUGGCGACAGUGGCAAGGAAAAACUACCUUCUUAGUUUUGGAGAUACAGGCAAAUUAAGGCUUCCUUUACUCGUUAGCCAGACUUGCUUGUGUGAUGUCUAACACUAGAUGACACACUGUUAUUUAUCCAAAUGGACAAACGUACAGACAAAAUUAAGGCCUUGACACUAAACAUGUGUUGGCUGAUGUUUGGGGUAAGGGGGGGAAUUUGAAACUGUUGCUUCAAAGGAGAAGGAAGUCAUGUUGCGUUAUAAGUGUGUUAUCUGUGGGGUAAAGCUGGAGCAACAAUACGUUGCAACGUUGUACUUGACACCCUCAUAUCAGAGAAGAACACUGGAGCUUCACCAGUGCUGCAUUUACACACUCCACUUACACACUCGCACGUGAAAGUUGGUCUGUAAUGCUGAUACUCAGGCUAGUCUUUCUUGAAUGUCCUUUAAAAUACAGGCUUAUCCAGUAACUAAUAUAUAUUAGUCAGUAAUUAUUAUGUAUUAUUCAGUAAUUACUAUAAAACUAAUGUGUAAGUUAUAUAGUUAUUAGUAGGAAGAACUGAAGUGUGGACCCACAUAUAGACCCUUCGAGUUUAAGGGGUUGAUACACACAUGAUACACACACUCAUCUCGAACGCAUACAGUACUGGGUUAAAGUCAGAGACACUUGAAUUAAUUUCUGGUCAGAAUAGCCACUCACUACCCAUGUGGUGCAACCAUCUAAGCGCUGGCUCUGUCAUCAGAAGAUCGCCAGUUCGGUCCCUGGUAAUGCUACAGCCAUCUGUGGCCAAGAGUCCAAGAGAGCGCAAUAGGCUAGUAAGCGCAAGCGUCUGUUAGCUGACGUAAGAGAUCUGGCGGUUGGCGCUUUCCCCCCAGCGCAUUCAGCUGCCCAGUGACAUUGUGAGUGCAGCAGUUCAAAAAAGAUGUAGUGGUGCUUCACAGGUCUCAGAGGAAGCCUGUGCUAGCCGUCGCCCUCCUAGUGCUGGUGGUAUUGUGUGAUUGGGGGAGUCCUGACUAGUCAGUAGAAUUGGGUACAACUAGAAUUGGGGGGAAAGUCCAAAAAAAUGGCCACUAACUACAAGCUAAUUUUUCAGAGUCAGAAAAGGAAGCAGAAAACAUUUAGCAGAAAAUUACUCAGAAGCAUCAACAAGUAAUCAUAAUUCAAUUCAUUUUUUUAAAUGUUUAUUUUGUCCACCAUUUACCUUUCUUACAGUGUCUAUUAUUUUCAGUAGACUUGCUUUCCGUUUUCCGAGAAAUCUGCAGGGAUGAAAGUAAGAGCUGUUUUUCUGAUGGGGACAGUUUUGGUGAUCCAGCUUUUCCAGGUGGUUGUUAGGAGGCCCAUUUUCUCUGUAGCUUUUUAUCAGUUUUUUUAACUCCACUUUUGGAAACUCCUGUUUAUUUUCACUCUCUGACAUUUGCACAGUACUGUAAGCCUAUAUAUAGCAGCCAGAUUCUAUUACAAACACUUGCACCCGCACACACACACACACAAACACACACACGGCAUCUACGCCUGCCUUAAAAGACGGUGACAUUCUGACAGUCUGACUGCUGCUCACACUCAGCCUCUGAUAACAUAUACACUCACAGUGGCUAAUCUUUCUACCUCGUGCACACACGCACACGCACACACACACACUGUGGUGGAGGAAAUACUCAAGGAGAAAUAAUUAGAUGCAAUAUUAUUGUUGAAAGGUCUGUCUUUUGGAAGAGAUAAAGUACCAAAGCACAUUAUUGACCUGUAAUCAUUAUUGGAUGUUAGCUGACAAAUAAUUACCAUAUAAAUUAUUGUGCUAAACUA